AUGAGGCUCGCUAUCUACAGCGGCGUCUCCUCGCUUUUGGCUAUCGGCGUCGUCCUCAAUGCAAUGCAUCAACGCUCCAAUUUCUAUGCAGCUUGUUUAUACUUGGCAAAAUCGAGUGCAUGCAUCAUGAUACUGCUUAAUAUGGGAUUAAUAUUGGCUAUUUGUUUUGGCAAAGCGCUUCAAGCUUUAUUCUUUGGUACGCUACGUGCUAUUGAAGUCGAGCACUUGUAUGAGAGGUCGUGGUAUGCCGUUAGUGAAACAUGCCUGGCCAUGACGAUAUUUCGAGAAGAAUUCAACUUGCAAUUUGUUAUUGUCUUUACGACAUUGCUCUUUUUGAAGAUAUUCCAUUGGUUAUGCCAAGAUCGGGUCGAGUUUAUGGAACAAUCGCCUUCUCAUCGAGUUUCUUUCCAUGUGCGAAUGAUCAACCUUAUGGCGCUAUUGCUGAUUAUCGAUUGUGUACUUGCUCAACAUGCCAUCAAUGUUACGAUGCGUAAAGGCCCCAAUAUGAUGAUUAUGUUUGGAUUCGAGUAUACCAUCCUCAUCUGGACCAUGUUAUCCACUAUGGGCAAGUACAUCAUCAAUGUCGUUGAUAUGCGGAGCGAAGAACCAUGGGAGGGCAAGUCUAUGUGUGUCUUUUAUUUGGACCUUUUCACAGACUUUUUCAAGUUGAUCACGUACAUUGUCUUUUUUAUCUUCAUUUGCUACUACUAUCAACUACCAUUGCACAUCAUCCGCGACGUAUACGUGACUCUCCGCUCAUUUAUCCAAAAAUGCCGUGAUUUGUAUCGUUAUCGCCGUGCGACGAGGAACAUGAACGAGCUAUACCCCAAUGCAGCAGCUGAAGAUUUUACACGCAACGACAGCACCUGUAUCAUUUGCCGAGAAGAGAUGCACGUUAUGGAUGAUAACAACAAUGAGGAUCGAGACGCACCAUCACCCCGAGAACGACAACAACAAAACAUGGAUCAACCAAAAAAGUUGCCUUGUGGUCACAUUUUCCAUUUUCAUUGUCUCAGGAGUUGGCUGGAACGGCAGCAGAGCUGUCCAACAUGUCGGAGAUCCGUUUUGCCUGAAGGAAACAAUGGUUCUUCUCGGGAAGAAGAGCGUGCACCUCAACAACAGCAAAAUGGUGGUGGCGGCGGUGUUCCCCAUGGCAACCAACAGCAACCCAAUGCAUCAUCUCCACAGCAACCACCACCACCAACUACAGGACAACCUCAAUUCCCUCAACCACAUCAAUUUGGCUCCUUCUAUGGUCAUGACAAUGUGCCACCAUCGCAGCAACAACAACACACAACACAAGCACCAGGAUUAGGCAUCCUUGCACCUGAUCCAGCAUGGUCAUCAUCAACGGCUGCUUCCAAUAAUGCGUAUCCAGGCAUGAUUCCUCUCAUACCACUUUCAGGACCAUCGGCUCAAGUGAAUUCGACAACAGCAGACCCCGUUUCAUUGUCUGAUGAGCAAAUUCAAGCAUUAUCAAACACCACACGAGAUGCCAUGGUACAACGCCUACGCUUACUAGAAACGGUUCAAAACCAAAUCUUUCACAGCAUGCAAGUGCUUACACAAGCUCUAAGUGUGGUUCCUGACAACACAGCUGUUAACACGAGUACGUCAACGGACACAGCACCUGCUUCUUCAUCAACAACAACAGCACAACCAGAACAACCUUCUACAAGUAAUGCAUGUGAUUUACGAUCAUCAUCAACACCAUCAUCAUCAUCGUCAUCGUCAAACAUCAAAGAUGAAAACCAAGGGGAUAGAGAAUGUACAAAGGAGAGCAAAGGAAAGAUGCCAGAAACUCGGAGGGGAUCACAAAGUAGUCCAUAUUGUAUUGAUUCGGAUAGUAAUAGUAAUGAGGAUUAA